CUUAAAAUUUGUUUUUUUUUUGUUAAACUGGUUAUUCAAAAUUUUUUUCUAAAAGAAUGUCUAAGGGGACGGGACCUUUGUCGAAGUUGUACAAUGCCACCAUUAGUGCAGUUGAUAAGAUUGUCCCAAGUGCAAUGCAGCCACUUUGGCAGUCGCCAGUAGGACCCCGUACUGUUUUUUUUUGGGCUCCAAUGUUUAAAUGGAGCCUGGUAUUGGCUGGUCUGAGCGAUACGAUUAAUCGUCCACCUUCGACAAUCUCGCUUAACCAGUGCGCCUCUUUGGCAACUACGUGUUUGAUUUGGUCCCGGUAUUCAAUGGUUAUAACACCCAAGAACUACAGUCUUCUGUCCGUCAAUAUAGCCAUCUUCCUGAUCCAAGGCUAUCUUGUUAUCGAGCACCUGAGAUGGCGCAAUCAAAAUGCACGGGAUACGGUGUAUAAUCAUAAUCGCUAUCCGAUUUACUCUGAGGAUGAUUGAUAACAAGAGAAUGCAUUUAAUGGAUUUGCAUUCUUCGGACAAUUUUAGCGCAAUUCUUUGGUAUUCAUUUUGAGUUCCCCAGUACAGGUAAUAAAUAAAUUUGGAAUGAUG